UUUUUUAUUCUUUUUUUUUUUCACCUGUUUUUUUUUUUUUUUCUUGCAGCCAUGCAAAGACGAAUGCUGCACCUGGGCCUGGCGGUUUUCUGCCUUGCCAUGGUGACACGCUUAACGUACGCUCAGUACAUCUCACCUGCGCCCGUCUGGACGGCUCGCGGCGAACAAGCAGGCGCACGCUUUGGUUCCACUCUCCUGAUCGACGACUUUGACAGCGAUGCUCAAGUCGACUUUGUUAUUGGAUCGCCGUACUUUUCGCCAUGGUACGACCAUGCCACCAAGGCAAACGACCGCACCAACGAGGGUGACGUGACUGUGUUUUAUGGCGCGUUGCAGGCGCGUCAGCUCAUCCGCGACAAGUGGAGCAACAUUCCGGCGUCCUUCAUUACCAACGGUAUCCAGGGAGCGUACAUUGUCGACGCGUCCAUCCCUUCCGCCGCUCUGAUUUCAAACACAAAUGUCCUGGUGAUCAACCUGGCCACCAAUGCUGUCAUCACUGCCAGCCGCGCCAUUACUGCGCACUUUGCUUCGUUGCCGGCGGCCUUCCAGAGCGGCAUUGACACGAUUCUGGACCAUCCCGACGGAAAGCUGUAUCUGAUCAAGGACACCAAUGUUUGCACGUACACCAAAUCGUCGCUCGCGUUUUUCGGGACAGACACAGUGACUGCGGCCUUCCCCGGUUUGAGCACGUACGGCUUCACGACGGGCCUGACCGCAGCCUUCUCGAACAACGUCAACCAGAUUUACUUUUUCAAGGGCACCCGGUAUCUCAUGUGGGAUUUCGAGCGCUCCAACGUCAACACUGCUUUGCCCUGGCCGAUCAACAUUAACGCAACCUGCUCCCCAUUUGCGACGGCCUUCCCAACCGGGUUUCGCACCGCGUUUACGAGUGUGCAGGUGACGGCGAAAUGGUCCACAUCCACCAUCCCCGUUCAGAACAUCCCGUUCGUGUAUGCCUUCACCGCAGACGGCUACUUUUCCAUGGCCCCUUCGCGAUUCUUGACCAACUGCCGCUUUGGCGGAUGGGCUGGCAAUGCCUUGGCUUCCGGCAAGGCCACGUCCACGUCUUACUCGAGCUUGUUCCUUGGCGCAUAUGGUUGCGCGAACGCGUGUAUUGACAACGAAGGUUGCCUCCAGUUUGGUCGCGUUUGGCAGUUCACCGGCUCGGCGCGUGGCCUUCAGUUUGUCGCUGCGAACAACGACCAAACCACCGACUCGCGUGGCACCCGCACCUCGGGCACGCAUGUGGGCACCUCCUUGGAUGUCGGCAUGGGCCGCCGAACGGGCGCCUACCAGCCAGUCCUCACUGGAGGCAACUUGUGCUCGGGUGACUUUGCGGGCUCGGCGUACAAGUACGGGUCCUCGUUCAACCUGGCCGAUGCCUCGCAGCAGACCAAGAACGUCGUGUUGAACACCAAGAUGGGCUUGACGGUGCUUGCGCGAGGCGAGUACACUGGCGACACCUACGAGGAUUUGGUUGUGAGCUCGAUUCGUGGCGACGCCUCGUCGACCGUCAACCCAUUCUUUGCGGGCACUGUUUUCAUCUACAGUGGCGCGGUGACAAUCACCAACGCCAACCCUGUUAGGCGUCUCGAGGGCACUGUUUUCGGCGCUGGUUUCGGCCACUGUCUCGAGCGUGCGGAUCUCAACGGCGAUGGCCGCGACGACCUCGUGAUUAGCGCUCCAUUCAAUGAUGCUGGCCGCGUUUACGUGUACCUGCAGGCAGCCAGCACCGGAAUUCCCACGACCGCCACCAUGUUUGUUUCCGGGCAGGUCACAUACGAGGAAUUUGGCUUUAGCGUAGUCCGCAUUGGCGACUUGAACAACGAUGGGCGCGACGAUGUUGCCAUCGGCGCACCCAUGUACAACUCGCACGAGGGCCGCAUCUUUUUGCACUUUGGUGCCGCCACGGGUCUCAACCCGACUGCGGCUCAAAUCAUCCUGGGCAGCUCCGUGUUUGGCUCGGCCUACCUCAGCUCGCCGAUGCAGUUUGGCUACUCGAUUGUUGGGCGCGACUUGGACUCGGACUCGUAUCCCGACUUGCUUGUGGGUGCUCCCAAGCUGGACGGCGUUGGCGGUGCCGUCUUGCUCUACUCGAACAACCAGGCCGAUUCGAGCAUCACGCUGGCGACGACUCCCAGCAGCACCAUCACGUCACCCGGCUCCUUUUCCGCUGCCUUCACCGUGACCAAUGCCGGACCCAAUCCUGCUGUUGCAGUCACCUUCACGGUCGACUUGUCAAGCGCCAGCGUCAUCAAUGCCAACCCCGCCGUCACGGGAACGCUCGUCAGCUCCAGCAUCUCGGGCUCGCAGCUGCUGGUUGAGCUUGGUGACUUGCCCAAUGGUGCCAGCCGUGUGAUUACGCUCAAUUUCGGCGCACUCGACGUCACGUACCUGUACCCGAGCAGCAUCAGUCUUUCCGCUCACCUUUCGCAAAACAACUCGUCGUACGACUACGUGUCUUCCAACAAUGACGUUUCUGCAACGCUCUCCAUUGCGACAAUCGCCGACCUCAUGCUCCAGAAUGCCCCAGUGCUGGUCAAGAACACUGCGCCAUUCACGGCAACGUCCAUCCAGCAAGGCCAGGACAUUGUCAUCCCGCUUGUGCGCGCCAUCAACCUGGGCCCUGCGACUGCCUUUGGCACGAGCAUCAAGUUUACCCUGCCCUACGGCGUGACUGUGAAGAGUUUCAACACCACGCUGGGUAUCUGCAUCGGCGUGACCUCGCUGGAUUGCAACUUUGGCAAUCUGCUCGUCAACCAGAACGUCACCAUUUUCAACUUGGUGCUCGCCACGGCCUCGUUCACCUCCACAGCUGGUGUCACCAUUACGAUGCAGUCCUCCAGCACCGAACCGACGCCCGAUACCCAUUCCAACACGUUCGUUACAAACACCGUUUCCGUUGAUUCGACGUCGUCCGACCUUGCUACUGCCGCCCUCAGUGUGUACCCGACAGCCGUGGAGGCUGGUGGAAACCUGCUCAUGUUCGCCACCUUCUAUUGCGCCGGUGUGCGUGAUGCCGACCUUGCCAUUGCCACCCUGACGUUGGGCGCCGGCACCAACGUCACCGAUGUCUCCCUGGCGGGCUUUGCGGGCAAUUGCUCGACAGCCACGUCGGGAGCGUUCGGUGCGGCUGUCGUCACCUGCUGGAUUCGUUUCUUCCGUGCAGGCGCGUCGGCCACUGUCACUGUGGCCGCCGACGUUAGCGGCCUGCUUUUGGCUGGCUCGAGCAUCGCCUCGUCCGCCAACAUCACUUCUGCGCUGCAUGACCCUGUUAUGACCGACAACUUUAUGGCUGGCCCGACCAUUUCAGUCUCCCGCCUCACCAAGUUCUCCGUCACGCACGUGCUCGAUAUUUUUGAUGUCUACUCGCCGCCGUUCUACCUGAACAACCUGGUGAAUGUGACCACCACCGUUCUGAACGAAGGACCCUCCCCGAUGCUUGCGCCAGUUGUUGUUUACAUCAUUCUCGACCCUCGCCUGACGUUUGGAGACUUGCUGUUGGAUCACGGAUGCACCGCCACCUUGCAUGCUGGUGCCAACAUUACUGUCGCCUGCUCAGUUCCUGCCUUCCCCGUCGGCAACGCUAUUGACCUCAACACGGGCUUUAAGAUUUCGUCGGCGACCUCGACCCAGAUGACAGUCCGCUCGUUUGUUGACGUGGCCUCCCAACCGGCCCCCUUGCUGCUGGAUGUUGACUUUACCGUGGAUCUCGUCACGUCGCUUCGCCUGCCUGACGACGUUGUUGGAUUUUUUGAGGUUCCGCAAGGAUCGAGCUUUACCAUCACGUUCGGCUUCAAUAACGUCGGUCACAACGACGCCACCAACGUCGUGGCCACGCUGUCCCUCCCAAGCCACGUUACGUUUGUCCAGGGUACAGGCACGCCCUACACUGCCCCGUGUGUCCUUGUCGGCUCGGACGUUCAGUGCCCGAUGGGCACGCACGUUCGUGACAGCGGUUCCAUCUCGUCUGGCCAGAUCACCCUGACAUCGUCCACCGUUGGCGUGUAUGACUUUGUCCUCAACAGCGCUUCGGAUCAAACUGACAACACGGACAAUCGGGCCUACUUUUCAGUGAGUGUGCGCGAGUUCUCCGAUAUUGCAUUGUCGCUCAGCGCACCGACGCUUGCGACCAAGGGUGGCCAGCUCACCUACGGCGUCCAAGUCGACAAUCUCGGUCCUGGUGAUGCGCACGACAUUGAAUUUACCCUGGCAUAUGACGCUGCUCACCUCACCAUUGUUUCCUUCAACCAAAAUGCGACCUACGGCUGCACCGAGUCCACCCCAGGAUCCCUGCUGUGCCCCUUUGGCUCGCUCCCACCGUCUGGCUCCAUUACCGCCCUGGCCUUUGUGUUUGCCAUUGCCGAGGGCAGUCCAAGCUCAGUCACUGCGACCGGCACGCUGACCCAAUCCGUCGACGAAGGCACUGGCGACCCGCUCCUGAACAACGUUGCGACCCGGACGACUGGGCUUGCCGACCCCUAUGUCGACUUUAAGCUGUCCAUGACCUUCACGCCGGCCGUGUUUAUCGUAGAGCCGGGCCGCCGGUUUGUCGAAACGCUCAUCAUCUCGAACGAUGGUGUGCGCGCUGACCAACCCAUCUUGUCGAUCGAGUCCUGGCCGUCUGGCAUGAUCAUCAACUCGAUCGACCUGGCCUCGGCGGCAGGCAACACGUCUCUCCUGACUGGCUGCCCCAUCCUCAACAGCACAAACCCCGCUCCUUGGAACUGCACCUUGCCCUCGCAGCCUGCUCGAACCAACGCGUUCAUCGUGACUGCCACGGGCUCGUUCCUGUCGAGUCGCGACGCCAUCAAUGGCUUGGCCUUGUUGAAAGCCCGCGUAUCGCCCCUCAGUAUCAACGACAUUGACCCUGACAACAACGCUGCUGACGGCAUUUUGGAAAUCACGGUCACCGUUGCUCGUGCCACAAGCGAUGAUGAUAGCUCUGUCGCGUGGUGGAUUAUUCUCCUGGCAUGUCUCGGCGGUGUACUUGUUGUUUCAGGCGCAAUCUUUAUGCUGAAAAAGCGAGGAUUCUUUGCUCGCAAGUUGCCUCCGCCCAUGCUUGAGAAUUCUCUUGAGGAUUAGCGUGUUGUGUUUGUUUGUUGUGUGCCGGCUGCGUCGUGGCUGCGUGUCUGGUGUUGUUUGUUUGUUGUUGGUUGUUGUUUGUCCUAGCAAUUGUUGCUACCGGCCUAAUAGAAGUAUUUU